AUGAGGUCAUGCGGCUGGGCCGUCCCUCACCGUCCCUCAGUGGCACUCACCGUCCCUCAGUGGCACUCACCGUCCCUCAGUGGCACUCACCGUCCCUCAGUGGCACUCACCGUCCCCCAGAAUCUGCUUCGUCCCCCGGGGUACUAUUUCCGCGCGGGCGUGGGCGAGGGGCUGCGCAAAUGGCACGUGUUCCUGGCGGGGGGCGGGUGGUGCGCCACGCGCGCGGAGUGCGUUGCGCGCAGCAAGACGUACCUGGGCAGCUCGCGCAUGUACCCCGCUGAUCCCUCCGCCUCCGCCUAUGCGGAUGUGCCAUGGAUGAAGCCCGGGUACGACGCCAUUCUGAGCGCCAACGCCAGUGCCAACCCGGCAGUGCACGAGUGGAACCUGGUGCGCGUGCUCUACUGCGAUGGCGGGGGGUAUGCCGGCACCAAAGGCCGCGUCAAGCUGGCUGACGGCACCAGCAUCUACCUCGACGGAUGGAAUGUCUUUCGCGCCGUGGUGCAAGAUCUCCGUGCCAAUCGCGAGAUGGAUUCGCCGUCCCACAUUCUCCUUUCGGGCAGCUCGGCUGGCGGGCAGGCGGUCGUGAACCUCUGUGAUUGGCUGGCAGCGAGCUUCCCAAACGCCACAACGCGAUGCCUGGUGGACUCAGGCUUCUUCAUGGAUGCCAAGGACCGGUAUGGCAAGCAUGGCUUCAGAUCGCUGGCUCAGAGCAUCACCGCACUGCACCGGCCUCACAACCCAUACUGUGCCUUUGAUACUCAAGCAGCAAAGCACGCUUGCCCUGACAGUGCUUAUUCGCCUCUGCGCCCACAACCUCACCUUCUUCAACCCAUCUCCCUUCCGUCGACCCAACCCAUGCCCCCCCAUGCUCCCCUCCCUCACUCUACAGCAGUGAAAUACUUGUUUUCACAGUACACUCUACGCACCAUCGCCUAA